CCCUGUUGCCAUGACACUCUUGGUGGCCUAAAAUAGGGAGAGAGGGACACUCAACACAGCAACAACUAGCAGCUGCAUUAUACAUACAGACACCAGACCACAUAAAGAGCAGAGCAAAGCCUGACCCAGCAGUUGGAGUGAAAACACAGCAGAGACGCACCGUAGAUACAAGACAGAUACAGACACCAGACCUGAGGACUUGACAGCAUCAAGAGGUUCCAGCAACACUUCAAAGUCUUCUGUAAGACCCGACAUAGAGUAGCUGGCAUAUGAAAUAGUGGAGUCAAAGCUAAGAAGUAGGGAAAGGACAGAAGCAAACACAUAAAAGCUGAAAUACUUGACUCAACAGGCAGAGACUGAGAGGGACAAACAUGGCCCAUAUCAAUACGGAAGAAAUGCCGCGGCUUUUCCCAAGAAUUUCAAUAAGUGAUGUGGAUGAGAGGGUACGCCUAAUAGCAGAGAAGGUUUACGCCUCGGCCCUGCAGGAGGAAGACACCAGAGAUGCUAUGGCACUGUUCACUGUGCCAGAAGACUGUCCCAUUGGUCUGCAUGAGAACAGAGAACGGGCGCUGCAGAAAGAGCUGGCUGAGCAACAAUCUGAAGAGUCUGCUAAGAAGAAAUUAAGUUUCAUGAAGAAGCGUUCGCAGUCAGUAUCUUUACAGAUACCAGUCAGUGGUGACUGGUCCCUGGCUAUAGCUUCCCCAUCGCUCUCACCAGUCUCAGCUGAGCAUGAGAGCUUCCCGGACUUUCAGAGAGUUACCAUCAGCGGAGAUUACUGUGCAGGGAUCACAGUUGAGGAUUAUGAGCAAGCGGCUCAGAGUCUCCUCGGGGCACUGUUCAUCAGAGAGAAGUACUCAAGGCUGGCCUACCACCGUUUCCCCAGGACCACUGCCCGAAUCCUGCGCAAUGCUGAAAACGAGAAGUGGCAGGAGGAAGAUGAAGUCUUGCCAGACAUCUGGCCUAUCCCAAAUGAAGGGGAGGACCCAUAUUCCAUGGAGGGUAUUCCUGAGAACUUGAACUAUGAGCUGCAGAUGAAGGAUGGCAUAGUUCAUGUUUACGACAAUGCAGAGGCCCUAAAACAACAACAACUCCACAGCCUCCCUUACCCCGACCUGGAGACAUUUGCCAUAGACCUGAGCCAUGUCCUCGCUAUGAUAGCUGAUGGUCCGACGAAAACAUACUGCCACAGACGGUUGAACUUCUUGGCCUCUAAAUUUUACCUACAUGAAAUGAUGAAUGAAAUGGCAGAGCUAAAAGAGCUGAAAAGUGUUCCCCACAGAGACUUCUACAAUGUUAGAAAGGUGGACACACAUAUACAUGCUGCUGGUUGCAUGAACCAGAAGCACCUGCUGAAAUUUAUAAAGGAAACAUCCCAAGCAGAGGCAGAUCGAGUGGUUUUGGAGAAAGGCAGUCAGAAAAUCACACUCAAGGAAGUCUUCAACAAGCUCAACAUGGACCCAUACGACCUCACCGUCGACUCGCUGGACGUGCACGCUGGAAGACAAACAUUUCACCGGUUUGACAAGUUCAAUUCAAAGUACAACCCUGUGGGAGCCAGCGAACUGAGAGAGAUCUACUUGAAGUCAGACAACUACAUCAAGGGAGAAUACUUUGCACGUCUCCUCAAGGAAGUAGCUAAAGAGCUGGAGGAGAGCAAGUACCAGCACGCUGAGCCUCGUCUGUCGAUAUACGGACGCUGUCCCAGUGAGUGGGAGAGCCUGGCGAGCUGGUUCAUCCAACACAAGGUUCACUCACCCAACAUGAGAUGGAUGAUCCAAGUUCCCAGGAUCUAUGACAUUUUCAGGUCAAAGAAAUUAGUACCACACUUCGCUAAGAUGCUGGAAAACAUUUUCCGUCCCCUCUUUGAGGCAACAGUCAAUCCGCAGAAGCACAAAGAAAUUCAUGUUUUCUUGAAAUAUGUGACAGGAUUUGACAGUGUGGAUGAUGAGUCCAAACACAGUGACCACAUGUUCUCUUACAAAAGCCCAACACCUGAGGCGUGGACCACAGACGACAACCCUCCCUACACCUACUACCUGUUUUACAUGUAUGCCAACAUCAUGGUGCUAAACAACCUGCGCAAGGAGCGAGGACUGAACACCUUCCAGUUUCGUCCCCAUUGUGGUGAGGCUGGUUCCAUCACCCACCUGGUCUCUGCCUUUCUCUUAGCUGACAACAUCUCCCAUGGACUCAACCUCAAGAAGAGUCCAGUGUUGCAGUACCUGUACUACCUGGCCCAGGUUCCGAUCGCCAUGUCCCCUCUGAGCAACAACAGCCUGUUCCUGCAGUACUCCAAGAACCCUUUGCGGGAGUUUCUACAAAAAGGCCUGUGUGUGUCUUUGUCCACAGACGACCCCAUGCAGUUCCACUACACCAAGGAGGCUUUGAUGGAGGAGUAUGCCAUCGCAGGACAGCUGUGGAAGCUGAGCACCUGUGAUUUGUGUGAGAUAGCCAGGAACAGUGUGCUGCAGAGCGGCCUCUCACACCAGGAGAAGAAACAUUUCAUUGGUUCCAACUACUUACAGGAUGGACCAGAGGGCAACGACAUUCGGCGGACAAAUGUGGCCCAAAUCCGCAUGGCCUACCGCUAUGAGACUCUGUGCAAUGAGCUCAGUUUUCUAGUGGAUGCAGUGAAGACGGAGGCUGGCAAUAGCUCAGCUGAGUGACUGAGUGCACCAGCAAAAAGUGCACAGGGAUAUGUUCGGAUCAGGGUAACACAUUAUUUUAUACAUCUCAUCAUAAAUAUUUUUGACCCAUAUUAGUACAAAAAAGUUACAAAAACUUUGACUUUUGUUUAGGCAUUUGGGGGAAUACUACUACAGCUUGAUAAAACUUGAGAUUGUAUUCAAUGUUGUGUCUUUGAACUUUGCCAAUCCCUGAGUGCCUCAUUUUACUAAGAUAGAAUUAAUUUCCUUUUACAUUUUAGACACGAGAAAACCUAAGCAGGGCACAGUCACACUUACGCGGCUGUAGCAGGGAUGAACACAUACAUGCAUGUUUAAAAUCAUUAUAUUUCAAACCUAUAAUCCAUUGCAAUUUUUUAAAAAACUAAUAAUUUAAGGCAGCAGUCCAAUUUGCCUUUUCACAAUUAUUUUAUAAAUUGCAUGAUUUUGUCAGAUGAAAAAGAGAGGCCAGGGAGAUACUCUCAGACUAAUGCAGGUGUAAUCGAAUCAAAAAUCUUUGAUCAACUUUGUGUGUAACUCAAAAUAUUUUUUUUAUGUUUGUAAUUUCUCCUAGUUUUUAAUAUGUAAAAUAAAGAUCUGAACAUAAUAACAUAGCUUUUGCAUACCUUUAAAUUUGUGUAUGUCCGACCUGACACCUGUUGCUAUUCCUCAACCUACUAUUCAGUCUAAGGAACAUGUACAAGACAUCAUUAAAACAAUUCUGCUUGUAAUAUAAUUUACUUACCAGUAGUCUCCAGACUGAAGGGGGACCUCUUUCCAAUGGUCCCCCGUCCGUCCCUAAUGGAGUUAAGGACUGACUAGACUGGACUGGAUCAAAUCUUUCUGGUCAGAAAAUGAGGUAAUAGACAAAAGAAUAAUCAGUGGAUCAAACUUUUAUCUGCAACAAGUUUGACAGAAGAACCAUUUUUUAGUUAUUGACAAGUUAAAAGCCUAGGACCUGCAGUUAGCUUGCUAUGCUAAUCAAUUGGCAAGUGAGUGACCCCGGAAACCCUGAUUAAUAGCAGAUGCUUAUAGUUAGCUUGACUUUAGCAUGCAGAGAAAGUAAAUAAUAAUGUAUUCAUUGCUCAAAAGCUUUGUAAAAGAAUAUUUAAAAUAUGAACUGACUUGAGAGCAAGUGAACGUCUGAGCAAACCACCAGGUGUGAUUACUGUGGUGGAAAUUAGUCAACAACUGAGGUUCUGAGAUAUGUUGUCUUUGUAAAUUGUCUUUGUAAAACCUUUCUGAAGAAAGGAUCACACAGGCAAGGUGGAGGUUUCAAGAGAGAUGAAACUUGCUCAUAUUUAAGUGUCUCUGUGUGGGUUACCUCCUGACCCCAAAACUCGCAGGGCAGGGGGGUGAUUGGGUUGUUCUGUGUGUGGAACAUAUCGUCUGUAAAGGUGUGAGUUAUAGGCUGCAUCCUAAAUGUGUUUUAGAAGAAAAGGUAUCAUGUAUGAUUAGGGUGUUUGUCAGUCAGCUGAGUUCUUCAAACCAAGGACAAAAGGUCACUAUAGAAUUCAGGUGAUCUCAGGAUCAAGACAUGAAUAGACAAUGGGCUCACAUGCUAGACAGUGGGUGCAUCAUCAAGUUUAUGUUGAGCUGUACCCUAGAUGGAAAUGUCUGCUGUAAGCAUAAACAAAGAAAUUAUUAAGUACAUUUCCAUUAUGAUACGUCCAUGUCUUUAGGGUGUAACGUGACUAAAAUACAACUUUACCUGCUCAGGUAACAUUAGACCCAACCUCUUGCAGCAGCAUCACUGGUGAAGAAACAUCUACAAGGUGUUUGGAGGAGACCACCGCCAAAACUCGGCCAUUAAUUUGACAGGGUUUUCAGUUGCAUCAUCUGCGGCAUUCAUUAUCCUACAGUCUAAACUAUUCUUGUACUUAAAAAUACAGUAGGUUGAGUUACUGAUACGAAAUGUAUUCAAAAGCAAGUACUUACGUUUAAUCAAGAAUUUAAAAUGGAACAUUAUUCAGAAUCAGAAUCUGAAUUAUUUUAUUGCCAGGUAUAUUUGCAUAUAUUGGAAAUUGCCAUGGUGUGGUUGGUGCACUGUACAUAAAACAAAACAACAGUAUACAGUAAAAAACAGUUAUGGAGAUAAAUUAUGUGCGAGGGGGGGGGGGGCAGAGUCAGUGUGAUGCAGGGGUCUAGUUUGUGAGCCCCCCUGCCAUGGGGCAAAACAUUAUUUGUCUAUUUAAUUCAACUCUUGCUUGAGUCAGAUUUUGGGUACCUCCUCAACCACUAGGGAUUGGGGAUUCAGUUAAGAAUCGUGAUUCGUGUGAAUGACGAUUUUUAAAUCUUCUUUUUUUUUUUAAACAUAUAUUUAUGGGUUUUAUACGGGGAAGGGAGCAACCUCACCGCAGAGCAUGUUGACCAGCUCUUGUUUUUGCAUAAGAAUAUAAACAUACCCAAGCACUAGCUUUGCAAAGCCUAGUUGCAACAGUGCAUAAGCAUAGCCUACUUUUUGUUUAUUUCAAAAUGUAUAUUUUAAGUAAACUUUUAUUCAUUCUAUUUAAUUCACCUUUUACUUCUUGAUUAAAGUAGCCUAAUCUGCAUACAUUUCUUAAUCUGCCAGUUUGUGUGCAGUUGACAGGGACUUUACAAUAAUAGGGCACAUCUUUAUUUAUGUUCUCUAUUGGCUGCCCGGCAGUCAUUAAGUUAAUGUUAAUAUUUGAAAUAAAACAUGUUAAGCUCUCA